CUCUCUCUCUCUGUCUGUCCCGCUGUCCAGCUCGGAGACACGACACUGAAUUAAGACUAGGCGACUUUCCUCGGCCAGCAUGGGGAUUUUAUCCGACUUGUAAACACGGCUGGAAUAAACGCAGCACCAUUUUGGAACAUCUUCAGCUUCGACUCUUUGGUUUGUUGUUGCUUCUUGUGGCAUUAAAAAAAAAAGAAAGAAAGAAAGAAAAAAGGUGGAACCUGGCACUUUUGGCACUUAACAGCGAGCAGGAGUUUGCUGGCGGAUUGACAAUGUGGCGGUGUGUGUGAGCAGCGCCUGAGCUCGGUGGACUCCCUGAUGCGGUGUGAGUCCGAGCGGCUCCGUGGUUCCGCACAGCCGCCUUCGGCGCGCCCAAAGCCGGCCUCGGUGUGAGCGGGGACUCGGUGCUGCGCCGCCACCUCCACCACCACCACCACCUCCUUCUCCACCUCCUUCUCCACCUCCUUCUCCACCACCUCCUCUUCCUCCUCCUCCUCCUCAUCCUCCUCCACCUCCUCCUCAUGGCGCAGCGGUACGAGGAUCUGGUGCAUUACGGAGGGGACGGGCUCGGGAUCCCGGCCCCGGCGGUGUACGGCGAGCCUCACGCGGCGGCGCGCGCCGUGCACGCGGUUCACGGGGGUCCCGGUCCCGCCGCCGCCGCCGCCGCGCUGCACGCGCACCACUAUCCGCUGGCGGCGGCUCCCGGCGUGGGCUCGGCUGUUAACGACGCGCUAAAACGCGACAAAGACGCCAUUUAUGGACACCCGCUGUUUCCUCUGCUUGCACUGGUUUUUGAGAAAUGUGAAUUAGCGACGUGUACGCCGAGAGAGAGCGGCCUGGCGGCUGAUGUCUGCUCAUCCGCAUCCUUCGACGAGGACAUUACCGUGUUUUCAAAACAGAUCAGGACAGAAAAGCCGUUCUUCACGCCCAAUCCAGACUUGGAUAACCUGAUGGUACAAGCCAUACAAGUGCUGCGUUUUCAUCUUUUAGAAUUAGAGAAGGUCCACGAGCUUUGUGAUAAUUUCUGUCACCGGUACAUCAGCUGUCUGAAAGGGAAGAUGCCGAUGGACCUGGUGGUGGAUGACAGAGAAGGAUCCUCCAAAUCCGACAGUGAGGAAUUCAGUCGAAACUCCGGCGGCACCGCGGAUCAAAUGUGUUGGAGGGAAGAUGACUCCGUCUCCGUUCACUCCACCGAAGGUCCGGCACCCUGCGGCGGACGUUCCAGUUCUCUCAACGGAGACAACAGUAGUGAACAUGGUGACCUUUUGGACCACGGAGCUGCUUCUCCAAGCACAGGAGACGACGACGAGACGGACAAGGACAGGAGGAACAACAAAAAACGAGGGAUUUUCCCUAAAGUGGCAACCAACAUCAUGCGAGCGUGGUUGUUCCAGCACCUAACACACCCGUACCCCUCUGAAGAGCAGAAGAAGCAGUUAGCUCAGGAUACGGGUCUCACCAUCCUCCAGGUCAACAACUGGUUCAUCAAUGCCAGGAGAAGGAUAGUCCAGCCGAUGAUCGAUCAGUCGAACCGUGCAGUAGGUCAUGGUGGGCCGUACACUCCUGACAGUCAGCCAAUGGGAGGCUACAUGUUGGACGGACAGGCUCACAUGGCUGCCAGGGCCCCAGGUUCACUGGGGAUGGGGAUGGAAGGUCAGUGGCACUACAUGUAACCAAUGUCUAGUGCAUCUUAACACCUACCCAGGUGUCAGCACCAAAGAUGGCGAAUCGUCAACACUACAAAUCCCAGAAGCCUGAUAAAUUACCUCUCCGUGGCUUAAGGAAUGCAAGUGCCUCGCUGCCACCAUAGAGACUGCUGCAGCAGGCCGUUACAGCCGUCUCGUUCAAAAUGGCCGCCCCAGCUGGAGUCUGGCGAGGACUGGGACAUCAAUCAUAAUGGGUCAAAAAAAAAAAAAACAAUAAAAAGAAAACCCCUCUAUUACUCCCAGCCUUACCUGCUGUAGGCCUGGAGACAAAGACUGAACUGCCUUAAAGGAUAAGGACACUCAAAUGUUAAACCUCAAAAAAUAUUUUAUCCAGGUGUUUAUAUGGUUUUAUGGUGUUUCUUUGUCAAAUUCUAGAGUUUAGAGUUAAGGAAGGCCCAAAAAUGACCUCCCAUAGAUGGCUACGAGGAACUCACUUCCUACUGUUAGCAUAAAAAUAAUGAUCCCUAUCACGUUGUUGGGUUAUUUUGUGAAUUAUUAAUGUAUUUACCUAAAUAUUUACCUCUGAUUAGAUGAUUAUAUAUUGGCUUGAAAGCGGAGAUUUUAAAGGCAGCCUUGUAGCAGGAGUUACUUUUAUUCCUUCAACAAGAUUACAGCAUCAAAUUAGUUACAGCAUCAACUUGCUUAGUUACACCAUCAGCUUCCUUAGUUACAGAAUCAACUUCCUUAGUUACACCAUCAGCUUCCUUAGUUACAGCAUUAACUUCUUUAGUUACAGAACUAACUUUCAUAGUUACAGCAUCAAAUUCCUUAGUUACAAUAUUAACAUUCCUUAGUGACAACAUUAAAUUAAUUACUUAUAGCAUCAACUUCUUUAGUUAAAGGAUCAGCUUCCAUAGUUACAGCAUCAACUUCCUUCGUUACAGUAUCCACUUAUUAUUUACACCAUUAACUUCCUUAAUUACAAGAUCAGUUUCCUUAGUUACAAUAUUAACUUUCACAGUUAGAGGAUCAGCUUCCUUAGUUACAGCUUCAACUUUCUUAGUUACAGCUUCAGCUUCCUUAGUUACACCAUUUACUUCCUUAGUUACAGCUUCAACUUUCUUAGUUACAGCUUCAGCUUCCUUAGUUACAGCAUCAGCUUCCCUAAUUACACCAUUAACUUACAACUUACAUCAUCAUCUUUACACCAUUAACUUCCUUAGUUACAAUAUUAACUUUCGUGGUUAGAAGACCAAUUUCCUUAGUUACAGCAUCAUUUUGGCAUUGAUGGAGGGACAACCACCUGAAAGUAUCUCCGUUACCGCUAGGCAAAAUGGCAGUGGAUGAUUUCUGGGCAACGCGCUGAUUUCUGAAGGGUCUUCCUCCAGUGUUGUUGUUCUGUUUGAAAGUUCUCCAGAGUGAAAUGACUGCUGCGAAUAUGUUGAGAAAAGCGUGUUCAUGUGUCUCUGUAAAAAUGGUACCCACGAAAAAAAACAACCUUUUUGGAUCACUGUAAGCAAUGAAGAAUUUUAGUGCAUUGAGACAAUAAUGUCUAAGCUUUCGCGCCAGCUUACAUUUUGUAAUUCAUUGUUUUCCAAACUGGUGCUUGGGCCCCUCAGAUGGCUUUGUACAGGUGUGCUGGGAACUGAGAGAGAGUGUCUGGAGAACAAACUGCUGUGGCUCGACUGCAAGUUAAAAUUGAUGAUGUGCAGAAACGCAUCACUACCAGAAGGCAAAAAAAAAAAAAAAAAACACCUUGCAUAAGAUUUACAGGAGUCCCAGCUCUUUAUCAAAGACUCAACAUAACUUGAAUAGUCCAAAAAAAGCAGUGUAUAGCCUGUUAAGCUUUUAGCAUUAUGUCCCAUUGAAGUGUAUUUGAGGUAACUUUUGUGCUGUUUCAAAUCCACCCCAAAACCAUGCUGAAUAAAAUAUGCAUUUUGAGGUUUAACAGUGACCUUUAAGAAGUUAAAAACAAUUUUCUCACCAGCAGCAGGAGGACCUGCACACAUUUUGAGGAUCUACUUCAUUGGGAUCUACAUGGACAUACAUAAAAAAAAAUGGCAAGGCCUGGAGAAGGACAAAAAAAUUGCUUGUAUUGAUGGUACGGUUGAUUUUAGAUGACAUAGGCACUAAGCUUGCAAAUUUUUAAGGUUGAUUGUAUAAUUUUGUAGUGCUGCAAACACCAAAUGCAACAAUGUUUACCUUUACAAACAUGCCGCAGAUGCAUUGAUGUUUUAAAAAUGAAUGUUUAUUUCGAUUCUUAUGCGAUCUGCUGCAUUGCAUAUCUCUCGAAUGAGGAACGGUGCUCAAAGAAAAUCCUGAAAAAGAAGAUUGUAAAUGUUCUGGUUUGCAUUGGUACACCAUGUUCUGUAUUUUCCGCACUAUGUGUGUUUGUGUGUGAGAGUGUGUGUGUGCUGUUUUCAUAAAACUUUUUACCUCAA